GCCAUUCACAAACAAGAUGUUUAUCUGAGUCUACUGCCCGCGGAUGGCUCACAAUAAUGGCUAAAACGGAGCAAUUGGAAUGGAAUAAAAUGCAUGGAAACCAUGUGUUUGAUACCAUUCCACUAAUUCCGCUCCAGCCAAUUCCAUGAACUCGUCCUCCCAAAUUAAGAUGCCACCAACCUCCUGUUGUGCACAGAUGCACACACAAUAAAAGCCACCUUGCAGUAGUGUACACGUGCAAACAAGCAGAAAUGUAAAACGCUGUGUCUCUGUGUUAGAGCACUUGAUGUCAUGAACUGAAGGUAAAAAGGGAGAACGUGGGUGGAAAGUAGACAACCCGACAACAACCUGACAACAAGUUUCAUCACAAUGUGCCGACCUGCUCACGUCAAGAUCUCAGACAAGAUAGAGGAAAGACUACAGUGCCUGUUUUAACUAGUGGCCAAACACAAACCUUCAUACGGGCUUAAUACAAAUAUGCAAAAAUCAUACAGAGAGAAAAUAGAAACGCUCAGCUGUCACACUUCAACUGCAACUUCAACUCAACCUUAAAGUAAAAGGUUCACUCAUUUUGAAUGUUACAUCAUUUUGGUGCAUCUCUGAGCGGUGUUCUAUCGAUUCCAGGGGUCAUUUCAUGUUUAUCUGAGCUGUUUCAUCAUAAGCAAAACUCGUCAUACCGGCUGUAUUUCUGCCUGCCUGAACCGCAAUAGUUCAGAUACACAUGAAAACAUGAAAUGACCCUGCAGCAGAAAAGAACAGGUUGAUUUGCCACCUGACAUCUGAUUUUCCUAAAUAUUAUAGAUCUAUGAAAUGGAGAUACGAGGGACUCAUCAAACACACACAUGGUCACCAGUGAGGUUUUACUGUCUUAUAAAAUUGGUGCAAUCAGGUUUGUGGUUUUAAAGUGCUGAUAUCUUCUAACCCUCAACAAUGCAGUACACUGACGAGGCCUGAUCAGCCAACCACAAACAAAUAUCAAUAAAAUGCUCAGGAAGUGUGGGACAAGAACCUGUCACCUGGUGAUUUUCAUAUGUUGGUGUCUCAUUUCAAACAUCUUCACAUGCACCAUCAAUUUAAAUGCAAAUGCACCUCCGGAGUCAUGCUGACAGCAACUGCACACCUGUGAUGAGACCUGUAGUCACAGGAGACACAGGAGGUGCAGACAGACUGAUAGAACAGUUCUCCCGAUUGACUCGCUGGGCUGUGAAAGUACCCAUACAGCAGCAUGGCAGUGCCAUUGAGACUGCUGGUUCUAUGCUGGCUGUUUGGAGCAGGGUGUAGUCAGAGCUCUCCACCAUGGUUCCAGAACAUCACUACAACUCUGUUCAACUCCUCGGGAGACAUCCUCCUCGGGGGGCUCUUCCCCAUCAAUGAUCUCACCAGCAACUUGAGCCAGAGAGUAGAGCCGGACAGCAUUAGCUGUGACAGUAUUAAUACGUUUGGUUUGGGUAUGGCCCUGGUGAUGAAGUACACAGUGGAUGAGAUCAACGCCAACUCCACCCUACUCCCUGGCAUCAGGCUGGGCUAUGAGAUUUUCGACACCUGCAAGCAGUCUGCCGUCAUCGUGAAGCCCACCCUCUUCUUCCUCACAGAGGGCUCCAGCCGGGAGCUGGCCAUCAUGUGUAACUACACGGACUACGUGACCCGUGUGGUGGCUGUCAUCGGCCCUUCCACCUCAGAGAUGGUCUCAGUCAUAGGAAAACUACUGGGAUUCUUCCUCAUGCCACAGAUCAGCUACAGUGCCACCAGUGACAAGUUCAGUGACAAGAGUCUGUACCCAUCGUUCCUGCGCACCGUGCCCAGUGACAAGAGGCAGGUGGAGGCCAUGGUGCGUUUGAUGAACAGGUUCCAGUGGAACUGGGUGGCUGUCGUGGGCAGUGAGGAUGAGUAUGGACGUCAGGGCCAGCGGCAGUUUUCUACCCUGGCAGCAGAGAACUCCAUCUGUGUGGCGUACGAGGGGUUAAUCCCCAUCUAUAGAGACCCACAGCCUGUGGUCAGAGAGAUGCUGGACCGCAUCAUAGAGAGCAAAGUGGGUGUGGUGGUGGUGUUCUCUCUCUCCCAGCCCGCCAGAGCCUUCUUUACUGAGGUGAUCAGGAGGAAUCUGACAGGGGUCUGGGUGGCCAGCGAUGCGUGGGCCCUGAACAGUGACUUGUCAACUCUCCCUAACAUCCACACUGUGGGCACUAUCAUUGCCUUCACAGUCCACAGCCAGAUCCUGGGCCUGCUCACACCCUACACCAGGGAACUCUUCUCCAGGAUCAGAGAGGAGAGGGCCAGGCAGCCCUCACCAGGUCCAGAUACAGAGCCAACCCAUAGUAUGAACCCAUGCCCAGACUGCUGGAACCUGUCCCUAGACAACAUAAGUCUAGUGACAAAGCCCAUACUGCAGAGGUCAGCUUUCAGCAUCUAUGCUGCCAUCUACAGUGUUGCACACGCACUGCACACCGUGCUCAGGUGCAAUGCUAAGAGCUGCCUGAGGGACACUAAAAGCAAACUCUACCCCUGGCAGCUGUUGGAGGUGCUCAAGGAGGUUAACUUCAGUCUAAAUGGAAGUCAUUUUGAGUUUGACAGUAAUGGAAACCCAAACAUUGGCUACAACGUACUACAGUGGAUCUGGGAAAACAACAGUCUGAGUUUCAAAGAUGUCGGCACCUUCUAUGAGAACCUGUCAAUCAAUAACACCCUCAUCCAAUGGCAUACAGUAUGCCCUAAGGCCCCUGAGUCUACCUGUUCUUCUGAGUGUGGCCCUGGACAGGUGCGCAGAGUGAAAGGCUUCCAUUCCUGCUGCUUUGACUGUAUUGACUGUUUACCGGGCACCUUCCAGAAUGGCAGAAUGGACAUCCAGUGUACCCAGUGUCUAGAGGGCCAGUGGUCCCUGGUACGUAGCACCAACUGCACCGAGCCUACCUUUGACUUCCUAACCUGGGGCCAGCCUGAGUCCUUGGGGCUGCUGCUGGCCAUGCUGGUGCUGCUGGCCUGUCAGGGGGCUGUGGGGGUCCUGUUCCUGCAGCACCGGGGUUCUCCGGUAGUGAGGGCCUCUGGGGGGCUCCUGGGUGGUGUGUCCCUACUCAGCAUGAUGGGGGGCUGUGCCUGCCUGCUGCUGUUCCUGGUCCGGCCAGGGGACAUGGUGUGUCGUCUGCAGCUUCCCCUCAGCUCCAUCUUCCACACGGUCACCUUGUCUACCAUCUUAGCCUUCUCACUGCAGAUUGUGUAUGUGACCGAGUUCCCUGAGAAGGCUCCGUCUCAUCUGGAUACACUGAGAGGCUCUGGAGGCUGGCUGCUGGUACUGGCCUGCUGUGGUGUGCAGGCAGGGAUCUGUGGCUAUUAUGUCCAGGAAGGGCCCUCUUUAUCCCAGUACCUGGCCAAGAUAAAGGUGACCUUUGUGAGAAAGUUCCUACGAUGCCCUGUGGAGCCCAUCUUAUGUCUUGGCCUGAUGCAGGGCUUCAAUGGCCUCCUCGCCCUCAUAUCCUUCAUGUGCACCUUCAUGGCUGUGAAGCCCAUUCGACAAUACAACCUGGCCAGAGAUAUCACCUUCUCCACCCUGACCUACUGUGUGGUUUGGGUGGUCUUCAUCCCCAUCUACACUGGUCUGAAUGACAAGGAACGCUCCAUUGUCCAUGUAUCUGUCAGUUUGCUCAGUAACAUGGGGCUGAUGGCAGCCUACUAUCUGCCAAAAUGUCACCUGCUGCUGAAGAAACCUGAGCUCAACACAGCAGAGCAUUUCCGUACCUUCCUCGAGGGAGCUCCAGGAACUCAAGAGGAACAGGACCAGGGACCUGCAGGGGAGGAACAAGUAUCAGGGAAGGGACAGGUAUCAGGGGAGGCACAGGGACAGUGAAAUGUAUUAUGUUUAAUGUUUAAAUAAUAUAUACAAUUUAAUUUAGCAUGUUAUACAUUUCAUGUGCAUGUAUACUAGUUUGAUUGAAUGAUUUUGGUUAUUUAUCUUUGCAGAAAUUGUGAGUAAAUGCACUGUAAACGAGCAGGGCCAUGCACAGACCUUUCAGGGGGUGCUCAAAAUGAAAAAUAAAUAACAU